UUGUUUCAAAUUCUCUUUUUUGUCUUUGUCAAUUUGAUGUCUCACAUGGACGGUCAACUUUUAACAGUUUACAAGAAUUCUGUCUACUUUGGUGUUCAUAAAUUCACCUGUAAAGAAGUCUGUUUAACCCCUAGAGGAAUUAAGUUCAUCCAAGUAUUAAGACUAGAAGAUUUCUCAUUUUCCGAUGUUGCCAUUCCACCAAAUGAUGUGCAACGAGCUUAUUUUGACAGUAAAACUGGUGACAAUUUGUCAACCCUGAUCACGGAAACUAUUCCUGAAUCUGGAAUUAAGAUAUGCAAAGCAUUACAGAUAAAACCUAAUCAAGCCCAUGAAAACACUCAAGAAGGAUCCAUUCGUGUUCUUGUUCAAUUUAGCGGACAAGGUGAAGAAAUUUACAAAAUAUUGGAUGAAUAUUUUUCGUGCUAUACUUUAUUGACUUGGAAACUUCAGAAAGUUUUAUCGCGAAGUGUCCAUAAAUACCUUGAUUUCUUAAACAAUCAUUCUCAACAAUCAUCAACACGAAAAACGAAUGUUUCAAGUCCAAAUUACGACAAUUCAGUGUUUAACAUGGAGGUUAAUCAAACUUUAUCAGUUCACAACGAUUCUGUCUACUUUGGUGUUCAUAGAUUCUCCUGUAAAGAAAUUUGUUUAAUCUCAGCUGGCAUUAAGUUUGUUCGAGUUUCCUCACCAGGAAGACCAGAUUUUGUUAUGACCAUUCCACCCAUUGAUAUACAACGAGCCUAUUUCGAUAAUAGAACCGAAUUGUUAACCUUGAUCGUAGAAACUGUUCCAAGUUCGAGUUUCAAAAUAUGCGAAGCAUUAAAAAUAAAAGCGAAUCAAUGUGAACUCAUGGAAGGAACCAUUCGUAUCGCAGUACAAUUGAAGGGAAAAAGUGAAGAAAUGCAGAAAAUAUUGGAAGAAUAUUUUGCCAUCUUUAAUUCUGUCACUUGGAAACUUGACAGAACCUUAUCUCUAAGUGUUCAUCAAUAUUUUGAUUUCUUAAACAAUUAUUCUCGACAACCAACAACAACAUCAUCAUCAACCUUUGGAUCACCUCUUGCAUCUAAAAAAAUUCCUGUUCAGAUUGGGCUCAAGACCGAAUCAAUAAUAUCAAAUUUAAAUGAAACGACAACUAUUACUUGGCGCAAAAUAAAUAGUGGUGCUGAAAAUGCCACUGAUCGUAACUUAACGAGCCCGAAUAGUGACUAUCAUUCCCCAGCCCGUCAAUCAGAUCUCGCUUGUUUGGAGGAAGGACAGUCUCUAAAUCAUACAGUCUUAGAUUUCUAUCUUAAAUACAUCGAAAAGGACGUGAUAGCUCCAAACAUUGCCGAAAGAAGUUACAUAUUUAGUCCAUUUUUCUACCAUAAGCUCACUCAUAGACUUCAAGCAAACGAGGUUGAAACUUUGGACUGUCAAACGCCUUCUGAUAGAUACUACAAUAGAGUAAAGAAUUGGACGAAAGAUAUUAACAUCUUCCAAAAAGACUUUCUAAUUAUUCCAGUUAACAAAAAGAACUGUCAUUGGUGCGUGGUAAUCAUAUGUUAUCCAAGAAAAGUUCCAUUCGUUGGCUCGAUUGAAAGGAAAAGAAAAAUACCAUGCAUGCUGAUCAUGGAUUCACUGCAAGGAAAUGAGUGUAGAAAGGGAUGUACGUCACCAAUCAGGCACUUUCUGAUCAAGGAAUGGGAAUCCAUGAAAAUGGCAAAGAAAAGUUUUAGUAAAAUUUCAAUUCCUGAUAUUUAUCUCAAGGUUCCUAAGCAAAACAAUGACUUUGACUCUGGACUUUAUGUACUACAAUAUAUUGAAAGUUUCUUGAGAGACCCUGAUGAUUUACUCGAAAGAAUCCACAAAGAUACUUCUAUUGAUCUUAGAGAUUGGUUCUCUCAGGCACUGAUCUCUUCUAAGCGACGAACACUUGAAAGUUUUAUCAAGCGAAAGCGAAAAUCAGGCGAGAAUAAGAAAAAUGAGUGUGAAACGAUGGAAACUGAUGAUAGUUGAUAAUUGAUUUUCUUCUAACUAAUUUCGGAUCAAUUGCACUCGAACAGAGUAUCAAAAUUUCAUCAAUCGGGGAAAUUUUCAUAAUUAACUCACUGACAAUUUUAGAAAAACCUUUGCACCAUUUAUAUUAACUUUCGUGUGAUAAUUUCGUACCAAUUGAUUAAGAUGAAUUAAUCAAUGAAGAUGGUUAAUCGAUAUCGUAAUUUAAUUAUAAUCUUGCUAUUUAAUUUUUACAGCAAAAGAAACAAUGAAAAAGUUAAUCUAAGAUAUUAAUCCACCAUUAAUUAAGAGCUAAACUGCUUACAAUUUCUAUUAAGUAUUCGGUACAAAAGUGAUUUACUUUGACACUUUCACAUGAACAAAACUGACCUUUUCAACUCAGUGUCUAAUUUAAAUUCGAUACAUUUUGUUAUUGACGAAAUAUUGAGAUGUUCCGUUCUAACUCUUUAUUAUUAAUAAAUUGAAUCGAUAUUUUGAACGUCGAUCUCUUCCGAUUUUUCUUCUUCAAAAAUCGAUUAGCUU